AUGAAUAAUAUGGCGAAGUCAUCUAUCCAGGAAAUCAAUAUAAUGCAAACUGAUUAUCCACAGAUUGCUGCUAUUUCAAUGAAGGAAGCUCAAAAAUCAAUAUUCGAUAAGAAAAGAAAUGAAAAAUCGUUUGCAUUUAAAACUACCUAUGCAGUUGCCAUUUCUUAUGAUUCUACAGUUUUAACCGAGUCAAGAAUGAAUUCAGUCCAAAAUUUAGAAGCAAUAUGGUAG